AUGCCGUGGCUUCGUGCCUUGGUGCUGGGGUGGGCGGGGUGGGCGGGGUGGCACGCUGCACUCACAGGCUCUCCCAAACCCAGAGCAGUAAAGCUCCAAUACACACAAAGAUGGCUGCCGCUUUCGCUAGGUGUUCCAUUCCAUUGCGUCUCAGCUUCGGCGUUCCGUGAGCCGUACGGGUCUGGAACUGUGGACAGUUACGGCGUAGUUGCUUGUUCACUUGGUGACUAUGUGGCUGUUGCGGCCGUUAUCGCCGAACAUUUGAAUUACCAUGGAUGGUCCAUGUCCUAUUUUUCUGCCCACUCGAUGCUCUGGGUCUGGUUGUCCUACCUUACCAAGCGUACCAGCCGCUCGCCACGCUGCUGCCAGUACGAGUGCCGUGCCGCUCUCCUUGGAAAUGUUCCCGAAUGUCUCUGA